AGAAAGGGACUCAAUUUUUGUAUUGCUUUCCUGAAACGUGGGCUCCUCAGGACAGCUGCCAGAGUAAUCUUCAAUAUUUAAUGCCACGUGCUGAGAAGGGCGCCAAAAGCGGGGUCGGUGGGAGAGUGGCUCGCUCUGUGCUUCAGGAGCUGAGCUGCAAGAGUGAAGUGGAAGAUUGACCAGCUCUAGGGACAAACUCACUGUCUUUGCCUCGGGUGGUCCACGGGCAAGUUGGUCACGGAGGAGUUUCCAGGGCAACAUCUUGGCACCCAAUAUGGUAUUUGAUCUACGACUGUGAUUCUACAACCCCAAAUAAGGCUUGAGACCGGGGAACUCAGAGGAACAGGACGCAGAGACUGAUCUUCUUGCUCUUUGUGGAUCAGAUGCAAUAGCACUUACAGGACUGGCGUGCUAGAAGCUAAAGGUCUCCGUAGGAGACCACUGAGGAGAGGGCGGAGCAGCCAGACGCCGGGCAUCAGCAGAUUGCUGGAAAGGAGGAGGUGGGGAAGACUGGUAUCAUCUGCCCGGUCUAAGAGUGGUCUCUCUUUGACUUUGUUGUAACUGUCUAAUCGUGGUAGGGUGUUGUUAUUUAAGUGCUUGGGAGGGAACUGAUCUGAUCUGGGCCGGGGGAGUGGAAGCACUGCAGCACAGUGGUCACACUUCUAGCUGUGACAACAGCAUCAUUUGCACUCAUAUAACUCGAACUGUGCCUCGGGACGGGUAUACAGUGGUCCAGUAGAUAAGGGAAGUAGAUCUCCUAUAUCCCAGGUCACCCCACAGUGAGAUCACAAUGAGGGCUAUCCUCACAAGAUGCUUAUUCAUGUUAGGAAUGACAGAAAUCUGGAGGCAAGAGAUCUCAAGACCAAGAACCCAGAUCUCCCUAAAGAGCUGGAACGAGACUGCCAUGAGGAUGAUUUGGAAUAAUGGGGGCAUCAACCACUUGGUAGGGGGAGAAAGACAGAAUCCCCACAAUUGGAGUGUUUGCACUCAGAAUACCACCGCCUUUGAGGCAGUCGAUUGGCUUUGGUUGGUGAAGGUCCUGGGCCAACUUCUGCCGGGUCCUUGGGGUGCUAGGCUGAACCAGAUUCUAAAUAUCUUCACCCAGGAUCUGGGCAACCCUACCACCAUAGGGAAGGACCAGUUUCCAGUCAUACAAAAUAACAGCACCUUCAGGACAGAUGUGGACAGGGACCACCGAGAUAUCUCUUGGGUGGGGCUGAGCCAGAAAAAACAAUUGAAUUUUACGUUAAGCAAGAGACCCAGAGUCGAAAUUACACGGCUUCCCCAGUGGGUCAGGAAAGGCCUAGCAGAGAACACCGUCCUAAAGAAGAGACCCCUCGAGGCCCUCCUGAGAAACAGAUCAGUACACAUCAGGCCUGGUCCCGUGAGGGAAACCGUGACAACUUGGUACAUUGAGGCCUUUUGGGCAAGCUGGUCCUACUCAGAAUGUUUCCCUUACAUCAUCUGGGUGAGGGCUACCUGCAGAGGGUGGAUUGGAAUCCACCAAGUCAUCUGGAUUAAGCUGUCCUGGCCAGAGAGGCAUGUUUGGGGAAUAACAGAACUGGGAAUGGGGGUAUGGAAUCUGGUCAUUGAGACUAAUUUACAGGCAAUAAAUCAAGGCUUGGGGACCCAGGAGUUGGAGGAGGUCUUUACUCCUGCCUUCCAAACCGCUAGCCAGGAGUGGACCCAAUUACAUCUCUUAAGAGCAAAGGUGAAGGAGUUGUUAGAGAAGCAGAGUGAGAUGAUGGGCCAGCUGUUCCAGAUUAUACCUGCAGGGGCAUGGGGGCAUGAUGCCCAGAGAAUAGUUUUCACCAUGCUAUUGUAUAUUCAACAGGCAGUAUACCUGCAGAAGGGGCUAGAAGAACUGACCCAUUUUUUACCCUCCAAAUCGCACCCAGUAAGGGACCCUUCUCAGUGGCCGGGCCUGGUAGUGGGGUGCUAUGGAAAAAGGCAGCAGUAUAGCAUUCAGGUAUGCAGACUGUCUGGGCCACCAUUCUGUCAGUUUCCAAUUGGGAUUGUGGAAAAGGGGGAAUGGGUAAGACUGGCGUUUACCUGGGUAGAAACCUGGAAUGGCAUACAAAUCAACAUCUGGUCCUCAGAGACCUAUAGCCCAGACAACCCCGGGAACCUCAGGGUCAGCCUUUGGUGUCCCUCAAGGCAAAAGGGGGACGAGAAUUAUUCGGUGUCCUGGAUCAUUACCACUAGAAGACUCUGGUACUUGGGGGAUGGUCAGUACACCCAGUGUAGUUUAACCGGCAGGGCAAUCAAGAGGCGAACCCAAGCCUGGGGGGAAUGGGGACCCCAGGCCUUCAUGAGUGGGUGCUGGUGGGUUCUCAACAAUUUCUGUUGGGUCAAUAUCAGCGGGAAAGUAGUUUUCCAAGCAUUAGAUGUCAAAGGACCCGCCGGACGAGGGAACCUGAUACCACCCAGUCUAACCUCUGAGGAUAGUGGCUAUCUGGAAAGGGUCUCGAGGGCUUGGGAUAAUGGGACACAGACAUGGGAGAUUGUGGUGAGCCAAUUCCGAAUGGCCACUGAAAAAGCUGUAUCCCUAGUCAAAGAGUACAGCCAAACCUGUCAAAGGUGGGAGAAGGACUGGUUGUUUCUCUGUUCAUCAGAGUCAUUACUGAUAAACAUCAUCCACGCAUGGGUACUUGCCAUCCUGGCAGGUAUUGUGCUUGUAAUGGGAUUGCUCAUCCUAUGCAAAUACUAGAGCCACCAGACAGCUGUCCAGAGACUGAAGGAUUUACUCAGCUCUGGGGGUCACGGAGGCCUGCAAGAGAAAAGAAGGUGAGGACAUGUAAGGAGAAACAGAGACUCUGGAGAAGAGGGAGUGAUGGGCUUAUGAUGGCAAAAAUAAAAUAAGCAAGUUUAGGGUGGGAAACUAUAACAGUAGAAGGGGGGGGGGGGGAUAUUGUUGAGUAGAAACCUAGAACUAACUCAAGGGUACUAAGAGGUAAAUAGGAGAGUUAGUGCAAACACAGUAGAGAAAUUAAAACAAAGACGGCCCAUAGCUCCAUCCAGAAGAUGUGACGUCGACUGAACGCAGAACAAGGCCCAACAUGCGAACCAUAAAAGGGAUGUCCAGAGAUGCACGGAGGAGGAAGAGCUGGGAUGAUGACAGAUGGACUUCCAUGAUGAGCCAAAGCAAGGCCAAGGUGGACUUUAUGGGGAGGGAAGGGACUCAAUCUUUAGAAAUCUGUGCCUGUAACAUAUGCUCCUCAGGACAAGAGUACCUGGGUAAUAAACCUUCAAUAUUGAA